AUGGAAUCGGAUGAGAAUGAAAGGGGAAAUGAUUCUACCACUAAUCCAGAGGGCGAAGAGAACGGAAAGACCGAAGACAACAAUAAUGAUAAUGAUAAUGAUAAUGAUAAUGAUGAUGGCAAGGAAUCUGAAGAGACCAAAGAGGCCGAGGAGACAAAUGAAUCAGAGGAGUCGAAAGAAUCGAAUGAAUCAGAGGAGUCGAAAGAGUCGAAUGAAUCAGAGGAGUCGAAAGAAUCGAAUGAAUCAGAGGAGUCGAAAGAGUCGAAUGAAUCUGAAGAAACAAAAGAGAGUGGUGAUGACAAGGAAUCUGAAGAAUCUGAAGAAUCCAAUAAGUCUGAAGAAAGUGAGUCAAAUGAAAAUCCCGAAGAGAUUCAAAGUGAAAAGACUGAGAAUCUUCAGGACUCACAGGAGGAAAAGGAAUCUUCGAAGUUGGCCAAACCCGAAAAGCCCGGCAAAUCCCAAAAGCCCAAGAAAAGCCGAAAGUCCUCCAAAUCCGCCAAACCCGAUAAGGUUUCCACGGUUUCCACGGUUACUCCAUCAGAGAGCAGUGACGAGUCAUCGGUGGAAACGGAGGUCCCUUCCUCUGCGGUGGAAAUCGAAGAGGUGAGCGAUGAAAAAAUCGCGGCAAUCCAAGACGAAGAACCCGCCAAAACCGAGAAAAACCCGCUCUAUGAUGACGAAACUUCCAAUGAAACUGGAGAAACUGGAGAAACUGGAGAAACUGGAGAAACUGGAGAGGCAGACAAGGAAGAAACGGAAGAAGCAGACACAGAGAAAGGGGAAACUGGAGAAACAGAGGAAACCGGGGAAGCAGAAAAAGAAGAAACGGUAGAAACCGAGAAAAGUGGAGAAAGCGAUGAAGCCGACGACUCUGAGACUGGAGAAACUGGAGAAACAGUAGAAACGGAGGAGAAAAACGCGGAAUCGUCGAAGGAGGAAGGAAUAACCGCGGAAGAGGAAGCGUCGGACCCGUUGUUGGCGCAGCUGCCGUCGGAUUCGCUGGGUGGGAAGAAGAAAAAGAAGAAGUUGAUCCGUCACGUGCGCAUCUCGAAGACGAUCGUGAUGGUGAGCAAGGACAAAACGCGUCGCUUCCGGUUCAACAAGGACCACAUUCCUCGCACACGCGGCGUGCGGCUGAACCUCACGAUCCCCGUGGCUCCGCUGCCGCCGCAGCCGAAAGGAACGCGGUUCUCUCUGGUGGCUUUCACGACGGCGGACGUGGCGCGCGUGGGCGAAGCAGAGAGUGGUGACGGGUAG